UGCAGAAAGGGAGAACAUUAAAAGAAAAAGAAAAAUGUGUGUGUGUGUGACAAUAUAAAUAGUGAAUCAAUGUGCAAAGUUCAUUGAACACUCUUCUCUACCCUAGACUAGAACAGAGUGCCCUGCUGGGGCUUUUCCAAGAAAAAAUAGUAAAAAAAAAAAAAAAAAAAAAACUUCCUCCAUGCACUACUAAUAUAAUUAUAACUUCUCAUAAUUAAUAGCAGCUGUUAAUUUGUGAAAGUAAUUGUGGAUAUAGCAAAUCAUGGAGAGUGUAAACCAGUUGCAAAGAAAACUAGCUGAGUACACUGCUUCCUUGUACAAUGAGAAAAUUCUGGAUGAGCAGUUUGUACAACUGCAGCAACUGCAGGAUGAGAGCAAUCCUGAUUUUGUGGUUGAAGUUGUGUCGCUUUUCUUUGAAGAUUCUGAAAGGCUUCUUAAUGAACUUGCCAAAGCUCUCAAUCAACCUAAUGUAGACUUCAAGAAGUUGGAUGCUCAUGUUCAUCAGCUCAAGGGUAGCAGCUCCAGCAUUGGUGCACAAAGAGUUCAAAGAGCGUGCAUUGCCUUCCGUAAUUAUUGUGAUGAACGGAAUGUUGAAGGGUGCUUAAAAUGUUUGCAACAAGUAAAGAAUGAGUACAACCUUGUCAAGAACAAGUUUGAAACUUUAUUUAAGCUGGAGAAACAAUUCGUGGAUGCUGGAGGUUCAUUUCCUGUGGUGUGAAUAUUCAAGAUUAUUGAUUGAUGAAAUAUGGAAUAUGAAUUAUGUGGAUUUCAAUUUAUGCUUAAUUGCUAAUUUACUAGUUCUUUGGAUAUGUUAAUUAGAAAGUGUUCAGGAUAUUUCGAACUCCACUUCUGUGGCUUUAAAUGUAUAAGCAAUGAAAGAGAAGAUGAGAGAACCAUUUCAAGAA